UUUGAUUUUUGUUUAUCAUCUGCCUGACUCAGCUUUCUGAAACAUUUCUCAAAAAUCGGAGACCCUGCCUUUAAGUCAAGCCCGUUUCUGAAAGAGAGCUAGCUUAUACUCAGAGUCCGUUACCAUAGUAACAGUUACCAUAGUAACUUACUCUGUGAACCUAACCUAGUCGGGAGCAAGUUUUCUUCAGUAAACCCAGAGUUUCUUUCGGUCUUUUCGGUUUUUUAAAGAGGAAGCGAUGUUUAAACACUUCAUUCACUGCACACAUUUCAGUUACACAGAGAGCAUCAAAGGGAAUGAAAUGUCCUUUUAUGGACGAUCCUGUUGAUGAAGAGGCUGUAUUAAUUCGUAGGGAGUUACAUUUACAUCUGGAGAGGAUUUUGAGGCCCAGAGUGGAUUUUGUCAUAUCCCUAUGCAUUUUUAUUUGAGCGGUACCGUUUUUCUUUACAGUCAAUAAGAUACAUCCAUAAUCUCAUCCAUCCUUAUAUUAGAAACAUCAGCCAUCGCGGCCGUGCUCUUACAUCUGAGCAGAUGCUUUGUGUUGCCUUACGUUUCUUUGCAAAUGGUAGUUUUGUGUAUAACAUCGGGGAUGCAGAACAUAUUAGUAAGGCUACUGUUUUCAGAGCGGUCAGGAAAGUGUCCCUCGCUCUUAAGCGCUUUCUGACAAUUUUUGUGUUGUUUCCUUGGCACAAACCAGUGAGAGUCAUCAAAGAGGAGUUUUACAGGAUUGCAGGAUUUCCAAAUGUGGUUGGAUGCACUGAUAGCACACAGAUUCUGAUCAUUGCACCUUCUGAAAAUGAAGUGGAUUAUGUCAACAGAAGGUCCAUCCACAGUAUUAAUGUGCAGAUCAUAUGUGAUGCUGCACAUAUAAUCACAAAUGUGGAGGCUAAGUGGCCCGGCUCUGUUCAUGACUCAAGAAUGUAUCGGGAGUCAACCCUGAGUAACAGACUGGAAAGUUGUAAGUAAAUGUAUGUCCUAUACAUGUAUUUCAAUGUAUGCACUACACCAGGGGUGUC